ACUUGUUCCUGCAAAAAAUGUUUCAUUUUUAAAUGAACGGUUUUACUCUAAUUGAAAAAGCUUAUUUAUUUUGUGUAUAUUCUUUCUUAUUUGCGUUGAUUUUCUAGUUUUCACAAAUUAUAUUAUAGUCGUUCACGAGCUUAGCCUACUCUGUAUUCUAUUAUAUUAAGCAAGCAAUUUCUGUAUAUAUUUGGUUAUUUAUAUGGUUAUGUAUCUAUGUCCAACGGAUCUCGAGAAGGCUCUCAACGAUUUUCACGAAAUUUAAAACAUAAUAGGUUAUAACUCAAUAAAUCAACUUACCUCAUGAGGAAUAUAUAUUAAUUUAGAAAUUUUAAUCGACGAUCAAAAUAAUCUGAUUUGUUUACAUGGUAUAGUUUAUCAUUUCAAAUUAGAGUGUAUCAUAAGUUGAAAAGUUAAUCAUUAUUUUACAGUUUUAAUUGAUUAGUGAGUGUUAUUUUGUUAUUCAAUUUGAUUUGUAAACAAUCUAAAUUAGAACCUCUCUGUUUUUAAAUGUUUGGACUGAAAAUUGGACCUGAAUUCAAGUUUAUGGAACAUGACCUAUCUUUAAACUUUUUUUAGUGUAUAAAUCAAAAUUCGGGGAUGAAACAGUUUUGGGCUGUGCCUGUUAGUCCUUCCCCAAUCGUUUUAAAGAAUUGUGUUCUGUUUAUCAAUAAAUAAAUAACGAGCGAAGCUCGGUGCCCCGAUAUUUUGCUAUUAUUAGAUAACAAUUUUAAAACAAAGAAUUGUUUUUUAUUAUUUGAUUCUGACUAAAAAUAUUAGAAAUUCUAUUAAAGAUGUUACAGUUCAAAAAAUCUUAGGAAUUAUACUUUAUUCAUUAGUUAAGGAAAGAAAAAAUCUUGAUAAAAGUAUGUUGCACGUUUCUUUGAGUAUCGGCAUUUUACGUUACAUGAUUGAAUUAAUUUUCCUUUGAAUGGGACUAAAAAAACAAAGUUACAGUAGGGUUAAUUGAAAACAAACAAUUCAGUAAUGUAAUAAUUCAAUGAAAUUCUUUACAUAUUUAUGACUAACUUGUGUUAGAUAGUUAUUAUGCCCAACUAUACAAGUUGCAUUGAUUUUUCAACUUCGGUAUUUUAAUUAUUUUCAGGCCAAAGAGAUAUUAGCGAAAGAAUCAAAUGUACAGGAAGUGAAAUGUCCUGUGACAGUAUGCGGCGAUGUUCAUGGUCAAUUCCAUGAUUUGAUGGAACUCUUUAGAAUAGGAGGAAAGUCACCCGAUACUAACUACUUGUUUAUGGGCGAUUAUGUAGAUAGAGGAUACUAUUCAGUCGAAACUGUCACUCUAUUAGUCGCACUUAAGGUUCGUUACCGUGAAAGAAUAACGAUUUUGAGAGGCAACCAUGAAUCGAGACAAAUUACCCAGGUUUACGGCUUCUACGAUGAAUGCCUGCGCAAAUAUGGAAACGCCAACGUCUGGAAGUUCUUCACAGAUCUUUUCGAUUAUUUGCCUUUGACAGCCCUGGUGGACGGACAGAUAUUCUGUCUUCACGGUGGAUUGUCGCCGUCGAUUGAUACAUUAGACCAUAUUCGGGCUCUGGAUCGUCUCCAAGAAGUACCUCAUGAGGGCCCAAUGUGCGACCUGCUGUGGUCGGACCCCGAUGACAGAGGAGGAUGGGGAAUCUCCCCCAGAGGCGCUGGAUAUACUUUUGGACAAGAUAUCUCAGAAACGUUCAAUCACUCUAAUGGCUUGACAUUAGUUUCUCGCGCACAUCAGCUUGUUAUGGAAGGAUAUAACUGGUGUCAUGAGCGAAAUGUCGUUACUAUUUUCUCGGCUCCCAAUUAUUGCUACCGAUGUGGCAAUCAAGCUGCAAUAAUGGAAUUGGAUGAUGCUUUGAAAUACUCAUUCCUGCAGUUUGACCCGGCCCCCCGCCGCGGAGAGCCGCACGUGACUCGCCGGACGCCCGACUACUUCCUAUAAGUGAGCUCCUCCUCCCCCUCCCUCUCCUUCUUCACCCCACAAGAGAGCUUCUUAAUAACCAUCUGUUAUAUAUGCUAAGCUUCAUGCAAACCGGGCCACUGAAGCAUCAUCAUCCUUUCGAUUUUUAAUAGAAUAAUUGUAAGAAUAGAACAAUCUUAUUCUUCAGUUCGGAUCCACUUCACCUCAACUUUGCUUUUUCAUAAACAAUCAACUGAAGUAAAAUUAAAGACUGGUCACCAGUAGAUGAUCGGCUUUAUUUCUGUUAGAUGUUCUUUGUAAAGAAAUAUACCGAACAUUGUAAUCUUUGUUCUUAAAACGCAUAUGAAUAUAAAAUACUUGAUAAUAUAUUAUUAUAUUCCUAAUAAUACAUAAUCGAUAUAGUCGAGUGUGUAAAGUUGAGUUGAGUUGUUAGGAGACAAUUGUAAAUUGUGGUUUAUAUUCUUAGAUAUUGAAUAAGUUGAUGUUGUGUGGCAAGAUUUUUAAGUUUUUUCUAAGUGUAAACUGAAUCGACUUGGGAGUGUGUGGCUGUAAUGAAGUCGCUUUGAGUUCUCUGUUAAAUUAUUAAACGUUAUGCUAAUACUGUGCAAUCGGUUCCACGGUGGUGAAUUUUCACAACUCAAAAAUGAAUGGAUGGUAACUUGCUAUCCUUUCGUCAUCAAUGAAUCAUAACUUUCUAUUGUAAUUUGUAUUGAAAUAUUUCAUUCUACACAUUAUAAAAAUAUUCUCGUCAUUCUAGUGUUGCUUUAACUCUUAUGAUUAGUUAAACUCCAUAAACUUCCUUAAUAUUAUUAUUGCAUAAUA